GCGGCCGUCGCAGCCGUUAGGAAGAAAGGCAGCAAGAACACAGAAGACGGCGAGCAAGGGAUGAAGACAUGGCUUGCAGAGAAUUUUGGCGCCAAAUUGAAGAAGAUCUAAAAAAAACUAGAUUUCGUUGAUCGAAAAACAAUAGUCGCAGACACGGAGAGGUAGCGGAUGAUACAGAUGAUGGCGGAACUUGAAGCCAAUGGCAAGGGUGAAGGGAGUAGUGAGAAGCGAAAAAGGAUUGUAGGCGUGAAUUCCCCGAUAGCGGAUGGAAGGAAGUCGCACUCUCGUUCGAGGAGCGGAGGUAUCAAGAUCCGCCAACCAAGUAUACUAGUAUCGUCUGACGAAGAUACUAAGGGCAAGCGACGAAACGCGAUAGCUGAAGGGCAGCUGAAACAUGCGUCGAAGGAAGCUGCCAAGUUGAAUGCUGUCAAACUUGAAGAUGUUCUUAAGAUGCUUCAUGAUAUCGCCGACAAAGCAAAUACGGGCUCAUCGAAGACGGUUGCAAGCGCAGAAGACCCGACAACUGGGAAAUCUAGUGCUGUGCAAAAUGAGGAGGUGGAACGCGUGAAGAGCGAGAAAAACGGAAAAAGUGAUGAGUCGGACGAGGAAGAGACUGAUAAGCUGCGUGUGAAUCGAGGCUGCCAUUUUGGUGGAACACGACGAGAGAAUGAGAUCAUUGAAUACAUGAGGCAACGUCUGGACCAUUAUAUGGACAUGAAUGGAAAAAAGGUGAAGAGUUUGUGUCAGAAACGAGGCAUUAAGUGGGCUAGAAAAGACAAGGGAGCAUGGGAACUCGCCAAGCAAGAUACCAAAGAAUUCACUCGGCUGAUGAACGGGGAUGAAGACGGCGACGCCGACGAUGCAGAUACUGAGACUGAGUCAACCCACGAAGAGCCAAAAGACAACGGUGUGAGAUCUGAUGGAUCUGACGAUGUGUUGGGAAAGUAGUCCCGACAAGAAGAAGUUUGUUGCGUGCGCUACGACGUAUUUGCACCACUAUUCCUGAGUACGAUGAAGCUGACAGGGCCUUACUCGAGUUUGUUUUUCGGAUCGGGACAUUGCUCUCGUGUUUUUUGGAAUACAAGCGAUGGGGUUUAACGUUUACCAAGUACUGGGGGGAAUUAGAUGUCGAUGUACUCACGACCGGGAGGGUUUCUUCGUGCAUUUAUGUAUUGAUUUCCCCUUUUUGCAAACUGACGUUUGUUGGUCAAACUGGGCGGUGCCUUUCUGAGAGAUGGCGAGAGCAUGUUCGUGCCUCUCUAGACGGAUCUAUUUAUAAAGUACAUAAAUGGAUUAAUAAAAUAAGACAGGAAAC